CGGAGAGCAGUUCUGGUUGAGCGCAUUUGGCGGGUUUAUUUUCCACUCCGAAAUGGCGUUGACCGAGAGCCGGUAUGAUGCAUCCGAGUUACCAGACUUACUCCCCGUUUAUUACAGGCGCCUCUUCCCGUAUCCUCAGUACUUCAGGUGGCUGAGUUAUGGCGGUGUCCCGAAGAACUACUUCCAGAAUCGAGAAUUCUCCUUCACCCUGAAAGAUGACAUCUAUGUACGCUACCAGUCCUUUAACAAUCAGAAUGAAUUGGAGAAAGAAAUGCAGAAAAUGGUCCCUUACAAGAUCGACCUUGGAGCUGUCUAUUCCCACAAGCCCAGUCAGCAUAACUCUGUGAAGUCAGGAGCCUUCCAGGCAGAAAGUAAAGAAUUGGUCUUUGAUAUUGAUAUGACAGAUUAUGAUGAUGUCCGAACCUGUUGCAGCUCUGCAGACAUUUGCCGUAAAUGUUGGACACUGAUGACCAUUGCUAUCAAGAUUCUGGAUAGAGCAUUGGAUGAGGACUUUGGAUUCCUGCAUUGUCUCUGGGUAUAUUCUGGUCGAAGAGGGGUGCAUUGCUGGGUCUGUGAUGAAGCAGCACGAGGACUUUCCCAGGCAGCUCGAUCAGCUGUUGCCGAGUACCUGAGUGUGGUCAAAGGUGGGAUCGAUACCAUCAAGAAAGUACAACUGACUCGAUCCAUUCAUCCUUCAAUUGAGGAAGCUCUCACUGUGAUAAAUGGUUAUUUUGAAGAAUACGCUGUAAAUAAACAAGAUCUCUUUGGCACAAAAGAAAAUUGGCAGAAGAUCCUAGCUUUGGUCCCCGAAAAUUUGCAAGACGGAUUACAAAAGGAUUUUCUCAAAGCAAGAAGUUCAGCUGAGCGUUGGAAAAUGUUGCAAAUUGAGUUGAAGCGUUCAAUGGAUUCUAAGAAAUCUAUGGAAGAGAUAAAACUGCAGUACUGCUACCCUCGUCUGGAUGUGAACGUCAGUAAAAGUAUCAACCAUCUUCUGAAAAGCCCGUUCUCUGUUCAUCCAAAAACAGGACGCAUUUCAGUGCCCAUUGAUGUGAAGAAUCUGGAUACGUUUGACCCCUUUUCUGUGCCCACAAUAAGUUUUCUUUGCAAGGAGCUUGAUCAUAAAAUUGAGGAUGAGCAAGUGAAUGCAGACACUGAGAAUGGUGCAGAACCAGAGGUGAAGCGUCGAACCAGAGAUUAUAAGAAAACAAGUCUCCUGGGGCCUAUCAAGAUCUUUGAGCAAUUCCUAGAUGAGAUGGAGCAGUCACGAAAGGGUUUGCUGCUAGAACAGAGUGAUAGAGAAAGAGAUUUUUGAUUAUAAGACCAUCAUAUUUCAAGACCUGGAGCCCACUUGCCUUCCAUCUUGUCUUCUGCACUUCACUUCUGUAACUGCAAUACAUAUUUUUCAGUAUUUAACAAAAUGGUUUUCAUCAGCUCUCAAUGGCUUUCAUCUGACAUGGCCAUAACAACAAAUCAAAUCUACAAAUUCGAGCCCUUUUUGUAAUCAUCAAGUUAUCUAAUAAAAUCUGUGUAUAUGUGUA